AUGCUGCUACUGCUGAUUCUCCUGAUAAUCUUUGGCACGAUACCGAUGUCCCACACGAAAGGCUGCCAACCAAUUACCAUACCUCUUUGCAAAGGCAUCGGUUAUAAUAUGACAUCAUUUCCGAACAGUUAUGGCCAUGAAAAGCAAGAAGAAGCUGGUCUAGAAGUUCAUCAGUUCUUUCCACUUGUUGAGUACGGCUGCUACCAACAUCUGAAGUUCUUCCUCUGUACUUUGUACACGCCGAUUUGUCAGGAGAACUAUGAUCGGCCAAUAUUACCUUGCAUGGAACUGUGCUUGGAGGCCAAGAAGCGCUGCUCACCGAUCAUGCAACAGUAUGGUUUCCGUUGGCCAGAGACGUUAUCGUGCGAGAGCCUGCCCACGAUGAGCGAACAGGCAACAACUGGUAACAUCUGUGCAGCACCCCCGGACACUCCUAAGCAGACAAAGAUUAUGGAAUUACCACCGGUAUCGGCACCUAGACCACAUGUCGGUAUAUCCGUACAGGAUCUACAAAAUCAAUGCGACUGCUCAUGUCAACCACCGUUUCAGACGGUCAGCAAUGUGAGAGCGAUGGUUGGAAACGUCUCGCGCUGCUCUUAUCCAUGUGAAGCUCCAUCGCUACAGGGUCCCGGCAAGAAAGAGCUGAUUUCAGGGUGGAUGGGUAUUUGGGCCUUUGCCUGCUUCUUCCUGUCAGCGUUCACGUUUCUGACGUUCCUUAUCGAGACGGAUCGAUUCCAAUACCCAGAGAGGCCAAUUUUCAUGUUGGUAUUCUGCCAACUAAUGGUUGCCGUUGGAUUCAUCAUCCGAGUGUCCGCUGGACAUGAGCAGGUAAGCAGCCUUGAUUCCACAGAUAAGAACAGUCCUAGGGGUAUGUGA